UGAUAUUUGGAUAUGUUGCUCAAACUCAGUAUAUCCAUGUCAAACUUGUAUACUUAUUCAAGGGUUUGACUUGGCUGCACUUUGAAAAAUCCAAAUACUACCUUUACCAAACCAAUUUAACUAUUACUAGUAGUCUAGUACAAUUGAAUCCUGAUUUAUCAGUUUAUUUACUUUGCGGUGUCUUUCCUCCUUACCGCAUUUAAUUCAUCUUUCUUGUUUUCCUCUGAUAAAUCCCUGUUUUUACUAGUAAACCCACAAGCAAAGCUCCAUUUCCUUAACCUCCCAAACAAACACUCCCAACUUCUUGUUUCUUCAUCCUAUGUGCCAAUCAAUUCUAUGUCCAAAAACCCAUUUAAAAACCAUUACCAUAUUCAUUACGUAUGCCCAUUCAUAUUCAAUUCAAGCUUUAGCUAUCACAUUAUGCGGACACCAACACGAAAAUAUAUAACCAACAAGACUACACCUUUCGUUUCUUCUCUUUGCUUCUUUUAUAACUCAAACUCUUCAUCUUCUAAACAAAUCCUAACAAACCCACCUGUAAGUAAGAGCCUAUUUGAAAACCCGUCUUCAGAUUCUAAAGAAAUUGCUGGGUCCUUCAGGGAUUGGUUUAGAACCUCUAAAAAUCAAACAUUUGAAAGAAUUUUCAAGAUUUUAAGUAUUAGAAGUGAUGAUGCUGCUUCUCCAAAGGAUGAUAAUGAUUGGGGUCUUGGACAAUUAGAUAUAAAAUUGACAGAAUCAUUUGUUUUAGAGGUACUUAAUUAUAAAAAACAUGAUGUUUUAAAUUGCUUGAGAUUUUUUGAUUGGUGUGGUAGACAACCCUAUUUUAAUCAUACUAAUGCCACUUGUCUUGCACUUUUUAAGAUUUUGGGUCGUUCAAAGCUUCAAUCUUUAAUGCUAGAUUUGCUUGAUAAUUUUAAAAAGCAGAGAAACAUGCAUAGAAUUAGGUUUAAUGAUAUGCUUGUUAUUGGGUAUGCUUUAACUAGGAAAGUUGAUAUUGCACUCAAAGUGUUUGGCAAAAUGCGCUUUCAUGGACUUGAUUUGGAUAAUGUUGGUUAUCAUAUUCUGUUGAAUUCAUUAGUUGAGGAAGGUUGUUAUGAUGCUUCCAAUGUUGUAUUGGAGCAAAUUAGAAGGAGAGGGUAUGAAGACAAGUUUACUCAUGGUAUUAUGAUAAAGAGCUUGUGUAAGCAAGGCCAUUUUGAAGAUGCAGAGGAGUAUUUGCGUGGUUUGUCGAGUCGUAUAGAUGUGUUUCCACAUUACGCAUUCGGUAUCCUUAUGGAUGCUCUUUGUAAUAAUGGAAGGUUUUCACAUGGUACUAUGUUAAUUCAUGAGUUUGAAGAGAUGGGAGUUCUUCCUAUGCAAGAGGCAUGUGGCUUUUGGAUUAAGAGUCUCGUGCUAGCUGGGAAAUCAGAAACUGCUUAUGAAUUCUUGAAAGACAAAAAGUCUGUUGAAGGGUAUAUUCCGGAUGUGUUCAGGUACAACAUUUUGAUACUUAGGCUUCUAAAGGAAAACCGGCUUAAAGAGGUUUGUGAUUUGUUGUUGGACAUGAAGGAAAGCCAAAUCGUGCCUGAUAAGGUGACCAUGAAUGCUGUAUUGUGCUUCUUUUGUAAGGCUGGAAUGAUGGAUGUUGUAGUUGACUUGUAUGAAGACAAGGCUGAAUUUGGGCUUACUCCACAUGGUUUGGUGUUUAAUUUUGUUAUGAACACUUUAUGUGGUGAUGGAAGUAUUGAUGAAGCUUAUGAAAUGCUUAAAAAUUCAAUGAAAGAGGGUUAUUUUCCUGGCAAAAGAACCUUUUCCAUUCUUGCUGAUGCAUUAUGUAGGGAGGGUAAGCUUGAUAAAGUGAAGGACAUAAUUAUGUUUGCCUUGAAGCGUAAAUUCAUUCCUGCCACGUCAGCAUAUGAGAAAUUCAUUAGGGCCCUUUGUCGGAGUGAAAGAGUUCAAGAUGGUUACUUGAUCCAUGAAGAGCUAAACAGAUUAAAUAAUACACCGAGUGAAUCUACUUAUUCAUACUUGAUAUGCGGUUUCAAUCGAGCACGUAGAGAUGAUCUUGCUGCUAGGCUUCUCAUUGAAAUGCAAGAGAAAGGUUAUAAACCAUCAGAUAAACUGUUUAAAUAUGUUGUACACGGCAUAUGUGAAAUGGAUAACCCUGAGAAAACCUUUCUGCAUUUACUUGAGUUGCAGUGUUCUGUUAAAGGAUAUGAUCAGCGUAUUUUCGGUUAUUUUAUCUGUGGAGCUGGCCUUGCCCACAGGGCCGAUCUUGGUAGAGGAGUUUAUGAUAUGAUGUUGAGAAUCGGCAUUGUUCCUAAUGUAAUCUCUGACCUUCUUAUGCUGAGGUGUUACCUUAUAAGCGGAAAAAUAGCUGAUGCAGUAAACUUCUUUGAUGAUAUCAAGAGAAGAGGAAUGCCAGGAAAGAAAGUUUACAAUAACAUGGUGAUUGGCCUUUGCAAAGCCAAGAAGCUGGAUUUUGCAUUGGCCGUAUUAGAGCAAGCAAAAGACGAUGGGAUAGUCCCUAGCCUGUGUUGUUAUGAGGAGCUUAUAAAACUGUGUUUCUCCGGGACUAAGUAUGAUGAGGCUGUGCUAUUAAUCAAAGAAAUGGAGAAAAUUGGGCGUUCGAUUUCAUCGUUUGUUGGUAAUACACUUUUGCUGAACUCACUUCAUAAUGACAACUUGCACAAGGCUUGGCUUCGUCUGAGAGAUCCAUCUAAUGAAACACCUAGUAGUGCAAUGCUUGGCCAGGUUAUUGCUGUUUUUUCUGGCCACAUAAAUAGUGAUGGUAAGGCGGAGGAUUUGGAAGAACUUGUUCAAAAAUGCUUUCCACUUGAUCGCUACUCUUACAACAUGAUUAUGAGAAAAUUGAGCAUCAAUAACAUCGAUGAAGCUUGUCGAUUGUUCAAGUGCAUGUGUCAGAAAGGUUAUCAACCUAAUAGGUGGACUUAUGACAUAAUUGUUCAUGGCCUUUACAAGCAUGGUAGAACUAAUGAAGCUAAGCUGUGGGCAGAUGAAAUGUUACGGCGAGGAUAUGUUCCAACUGAAUGUACCCAAGUGUAUAUUUGAAGAACAAUUAUAUGACCAGGUGCACGAUAAAGAAGUAUUAAUUGAUCAUUACUUUGCUGAGCACCAGCAUCUGAACAAACUACAGGUACAAAUUAAACUUGAAACUUAUAUUUCAUGUGUUGGAGGAAGCUUUUUGGGUGACUGUUGGAUCCAAAUAGGUUUCUCUUUGGUAGAAAGUUGGAGAUUUUUGAUUGUAACUUUGAUGAGGCGAUGCUUGUGUAAGUUUGCUUUAACAUCAACAAGAGUGGUAUAAAAUUAGGUGAGGUUUUGUAGCAGUUAUCGCUUGAAGUUAUGACAAUUCUUUGGAACGUUUUUGGAGUUUCCGAUCAGCAUCUCAAAGGUAUUUCAGUAUUUUAAGCUCUUCUACUUAUCAAGCCGUCAACUUUCAAGUUAUUGCCUUGUAUGGUUAGUAAUUCCGACUAAGCUGAUAUGUAAUGUCGGUGUUUGUUCCCACCAACCAUUUUCCGUCCAAAUAGCUCUCAAAAGCGUCUUAUUGGAUACAUGACUUCUGCUUCGGAUUGUUCGAUUUGGGAAUUCAGUUUCAAGCACCAAAGGAUGAUCUUCUUACUUGUACUUUGUGAUGAAUCCUAAUUUUGUUGUAGUUAUCUUGGCUUUAGGAAUAUUCAUCACAAAAGCAGAUGUCUUAUUCUUUUCUAGUUUUUCAUCUGUUGUUGGUGGAUGGUUUAACUCAUUAGUUAUACAGAUAUGCAAAUAAUCAAGUUCUUUUUAA